GUGCCUUGUGUGGGUUACCCGGCUGUCUCGUCUGGUUUCGUUUAGCCUGCGAUCGGAGCAUAGAGAGGGAAAAAAAAACUUUAAGAGACGACAACAACAACAAAACCAGUUAAACGACAAGGUAAACAAACCGACAAGUCUUGUUGUGCAACCGUGUGAGCUGCUCAGGGUGUAAAAUGGUUACGAGUUAUAAAGAGAAGGUGCAAUCGCUCACGUCUGAACAGAUCGUGUCGCAGUUUGACGUUACACCGCUUGCGUCAACCACUGGUAAGCCAACAUCCCAAGGGUCUUCCAACGGUGAUGAGAUCCUCUCUGGGCACGAUGAGGAGCAGAUCAGAUUGAUGGAGGAGCUGUGUAUUGUCUUGAACUACGAGGACGAACCUGUUGGUGCUGCCACCAAGAAGACGUGCCACAUCAUGAAGAAUAUCCAAGAUGGGCUCUUGCACAGGGCGUUUAGCGUGUUCCUGUUCAACGAUGAGGGUAAGCUGCUCUUACAGCAACGUGCCACUGAGAAGAUCACAUUCGCCGAUAUGUGGACAAACACAUGUUGUUCUCAUCCGUUAGCGGUCCAUUCUGAGAUGGGGAAGGCUGGUGAUUUAUCCUCGUCUGUUCAAGGUGCGCGUGUUGCGGCCCAGAGAAAGCUGGACCAGGAACUGGGUAUCGACGCCAAAUACGUCCCUUUGGACGACUUCAAGUUCUUGACAAGAAUCCACUACAUGGCUCCUAGUAAUGGACCAUGGGGCGAACACGAGAUUGACUACAUCUUCAUCAUCAGGGCCAACCCAGUGCUGGUUCCAAACGCCAACGAAGUUAGAGAUCUCAAAUACGUCAGCGCUGAGGAACUCAAGGAGAUGUUCAAAGACGAAAGCUUGGUGUUCACACCGUGGUUCAAGCUCAUCUGUGAGAGCUAUCUCUUCAAAUGGUGGGACCAAUUGGACAGUCUAGACCAGUUCAAGAGUGAAGGUAUCGACCGUCUCUUAUAGAUCACACAGACACACUCUCUCAUACUCAUAUAAUGUAAUGCAUACCAAUGUUCUCUACCUAUUAG